CAUAAUUUCAUCCGUAAUAUUUCCUCACCAAACUUUAGAAAUGGGAAACAACAGAAACUCCAUUUUUUUUUUGGAGUGAUUGUGCGUGUGUUUUUUUUUUUAUUCGUUUAUUAGUGUGUGUGUGUGUGUGGGGAGUUAUUUCUGAUUUUCGAAGGGGAAAACACCCCUCAUCCGUUAUUUUUCCGUCUCCUUUCGUGCUUAAUCGGAAUGCGAAUUCCGCCAUGAUGCCACCGACUUAACGGCACCUGCGGUUCGUGAAGAAACUUCCCCCCUCACCCGUUCUUCAUCCGUCGCUCCUUUCGUGGCGAAUGGGCCCGCUGCAUUUUCGGAGAAUUUCGCGGGAAACAAAUACAUAUAACAAUACUAAAUACAUAACCAAACCAGUGCUUCGAUGGCUGCGAUCGAACACAUUGCUGGAUCACUUAGCGAAACUUAGCCUUAUACAUACCUUACUAUUUCCUAGACCUAAUUUUGCUAAAAACCUUUAAAUGCACGCGCCUAUCUCGGAAUGCAGGAGACUCUGGAUUUUAGAUUGUAUACCCAUUGGCCUGCACAACCUCGCCUCCUCUGCGGCCACGUGGCUGUCAAUCUGUCGAAUGGUGUAGCACACUUUUUGAGUUGCCACACUCGAGAGAACCAGGAAAACAAGUUAAACUGAGCAAUUUGUCAGGCCCUAUGUAAUUUGGAGUGAAGCACGGCCAUGUUGACGCCGAAGUUAGGCGAUUAAGUGGGCCGGUGGGUGGAUGCAAUUGCAUGCCAAGGGAAGUAAUUAAAGAAGUGGCGAGAUGGAAACUCGCAGACAACGGAAAUGGCUAACUAGUUUCGCUGGACGAAAGUCACUAGGACGACGUAAAGAAAAAGUUAAAUGAAUAUAUUUAAACAAGUCAGAGGCAGCUUUCGUGGGUUUUCCUGAAAUUGCUGCAUGUCCGGCUAAUUGCGCUAAAUUUAAAAUCCGUCCAGCAACGUUGCGCAAAACGACGACCACACACUUCAAAUCUAGCAGCUUGAAAAGGUUUUUCAAUUACCAUUUCGUUUUCCAAAGCCCUCUUUCGACUUUUCCCGCUUUUAUCAUUUUCUUCCUCCAGCCACCGCAUGGGCUUGUUGCGCUGAGAACAACAGCAGCACUUUCGCCAAAUUCAGCCACAUAGGCUAAAAGGAAAAAUGAGCGAAAAAAGGGAUUGUAAAGUACGGCGGAAACCCAAAUUUCCUUUGCACCACCCCUUAAAAAGGGCGAAACACCCAGGAGACAUGGUUUUUGGGUUUUCCUUACGGCAGUGUCCCCUGAUGAUUUACUCUCCUCACGCUUUUAAUAUGAAGAAGACGGAAGAGAAUUCAUUUGGUUACCAAACUUGGAGUUCAGAACCUGCAUCCAUAAGAUAGUUGGUACUGGGAACAAAACACAUGCAUACAUAUGCACAUAAAUACCUUUGUGUCAAGUACAUUAAAAUAGAUGAAAACAUACAUAUGUGCAUAUGAUAUAUAUCAGUGCAAAAUUAGCCUUGGGAAUCUGCUUAGCCAUUUAAGCACGAUCCUGAAGUUUCUUUUGUGAUGGUAAGGAUAUUUCACUUGGGUGCGUUUAGUUACAUUUGUCGUGUGGGGGAACCGAAUCGAUCAAAAUGGCUUAGCAACAGUUUUUUCUAAGUGUAGGGCAAUACACGUACACACACACACACGCAAGUGCAGGAUGCCUUGGAAAUGCAAUUUGAAUCAUAAAAUAUAAUUUUCAUUUAAUGAAUGUUUCAACUUGUCAACCCAGUUGCGUACGUGCGUUUGCGUGUGUGUGCGUGCGAUACACACAUAUGCGCUAAAAGUGCACACACACAUACAUAUACGGAAUAUAUGGCAUAUUUUACUUGACUGAAUCGCAAGGCAGCAAAGUGGAAAAAUUUGCAGUUUGCAAAAAUCUGUUGGUGCGAGAAAGUUUCCUAUGUAGUAGGGGGGCUCAUGGCGUUCGUCUUGCUGCCCCGCCCCGCACUUAUCGCCGCCUCUCCGUUUUCCUUAUCAAGCAGGUUGGGAUGAAAAAUACCAGGGAUGGCGAAGAUUGAAGGUAUUUUCCCCUUCUAAUUUUCUAGAAAGGAUGGGCAAACGAAAAAAAACUAAUUUUUUAUUGAUAACAAUUCGUUUUAGUAGAUGGUCAAACGCUUUAUUCUCUGAGUAGACCGAGGUAAACUUGAAUAUCUUAUAUUUUCCGAAGUAUACAUUUUUUCAAAAUUCUAAUGGGUGGGCAAACGUGGACAAACAAUGUUAUUGCGACUUCAAAAAAAUUUAAAAAGUCAACUUUUUGAUUUUCGAACAUUUUCGAACUUUUUCGAAAAUUCAUAUCUCAAAAACUGGACGUGGGCAAAAAAAACUAAUUGGUGGCCGAACAUGUGCAAAAAAUGGGCAAACAGUUCCAGCUUUUAACUUUCAAAAAUUCGAUUUGAAAAGUUCUGGAAUGGUCACCAUACUCCCAAAACCGUAAUACGUGUGGGGAUGGUUGGCUGGGAACCAUGCCACUCAAGAGGAAUGGAUCACCGGAAUAAAACUCCGUUGGUCCACGAUUACUUUGGAUUACCUACAAAAAAUAUAUGAUUAUAUGAUGUGUGAAGUCCGUGUAAACAAAGGAGGAUCAACUUAUCAUUAAUUUCUUUUAAAAAUAUUCUAAUUAAAAUAUUUAAGUGUUAAUUAUCCAGUUUUUUCUAUCGUAGGGGUCGCUAUCCUGAUGACCCAAUUUUGAUUUACCCAUUUGUGGAUUGUUUUUCUUUUUUUAUUUAAAUAAAAGUGUCUCAUUUAUAGAAUUGUUCAACUUUUAAGCUCAAAGAAGCUGGGUUCGGAAAAAAAACUGGUGACGCGCAGUAUAUGUGUACAUUGCAGUGUAGAGAAGGUCUUGAGGGCAAUUAAACCUCUGGAAUCUUUUCAAGACUACUUCUAUUCCGUGACAAAGCAGCACAGGGUUUUUAGUAGCUUAGAUUUAAAGACUGAUCUAAGCAGUGUGUUUUGUGCACGAUUUGGCCGGCUCAGUGAUGUGCUGGCUUCUCGGCAUCUAUGUCUCUGUGGGUUGGCCUAAUCCCGCCCAGGCAACGUUGGCCUGCUUGUGGGUUAUGCAAUAAGCUGUUACCCAUUUCCUGCCCGGCGUUCAGGUGAGCGGCUUCCGAGUGAGGGCCCUGAAAAGUGCACCACUUUUUUUGCACCACAAUGACAAGUAUUCCAUAAGGGGCGUUUGACGGUGGCCUUGCUUGUCCUCAUUCGUGUCACCCGACCACCCAACCAACCACCCACUCCCCACAAGGUCUCGCCAUGUUUCAUGAUGUCCUUUUGGGGACUGCAUUGUCUGGGCAACUGGCAACAAUAACCGACGGCGACAAAGAAAAGCACAAGCGGCAGAGGAAAAGCAAAAGAACACACACAUAAAGCAUUUUUUCGGCCAACUAUAAUCCAAGUGGUUACCCCAAAAAAGAGGGAAAAGUAUAGGGGGGAAAUGCGGAGAUUUUAUUUAAUUCUCGGAUUGCCAUGUCGAAGUCUCGUUCAUCCAAGGGAAGUCAACAUUUGCAAUAUGAAAUCGCUACUUUAACCUGCCUAAACGAACUUCGCUCACUAGCAACUACUAGUGAGCUCCCCAGUUAGGCAACUAUAAGUUGUGAAGUUUCUUCGCCACUCCUUUCAGUUUAAAGAUUAGGGCUUUCUUCCCUUCGCCAACCUUGCUUUUAUCGCUAUGCACAAUCGUCUAUUUGGGGUCGGAGAACCAGUUAUUUAUUGGAUGGCAUAAAGUGCUGUUCCUAUCGAGGAGCAUCAUCCAAGUAAAAAACAUCCCAGUUCAAGCCCAAAAUCACGCGCACACACAUAAGGGUCGAGUUUUCAGCCACAAUGUUUGCCCAUCCAAUAUACCUUCCUUCUCCUUCGCAUCCUUGUUGACUUUGAGGCGAGCACAAAUUAGUUGGCCCGUCCUCGCUUAGGUUGAAGUUGAUGUGAAAGUGGAACUGGGAGUGGGAGUGGAAGCUGGAUGUCGAUGGGCUCCUAAUGGCCCGUUUUCCGCCGCCAAUUUUCGCCCCACAAUGCUGUCAGGUGUUCUGCCGCUCGGGCUGCUCAUCAGUCAGUCAGUCACUCAUCCGGAGUCGAGUCACAAGUUGUCAGCCACUUGGCGUGGAAAUGGGAAUUCCUUGUUUAUAAUUUAUGAGUGGAGUGAAGUGGAGUAGAAAGACGCACGGACGACGGGGAGAGCAAAAGGCCACGCCAAGUGACUGUUCUUGGGGAUUUGGAGAUUUACAUGCAUAAGGAAUGCCCACUUGACAUGUUGGGCCACCCGCUCACCUGUUGGCAUGAAUAAUGGACGCGCAGCUGUGACAGAUAGUUUAAAGUAGUCUCAAUGUCGGCUCCGGUCAAAAAUAAACGAGGCUGGUUAGUUGGGUGGCAAAGUACCAGGCUCUCUGUGUUGUAUCCUUAGGCUACAUCCAAUUGUAAGAAUGGUUGAAGAAUGGCAGGGAGUCUCCAGAAAUUAUUGCUGGUUUUCUACCGUAAAUAUAUAUAUAUGUAUUUGUAUUUAAAUAUUUCGACUUUAUCAUUUGUGUUAGCUCGUGAAGUCUAGUUCGCUUACUAACGUUGAAUUUUGUGCUGUCCUGUAUAUGUUUUCUUUAUUGGUUUGUUAACUCAUUUUUUGCUUUAUUCCUUUAAUUGCGCUUUUUUGUUUUAGCUUGAAAAUGAGUGGCGGAAUCUUUUUUAAGCAGAAUCCAGAUGGAACCUUUUCACUGGUCAAUACGGGCAACCCCAGCGAAGAUAACGAAAAUGAUAGUUCUAAUUCCGCUCCUCUAAGGCAUCCUGCACCACUGCCGAAUUUGCGGCUGCCAGCCGGGUUUAAGUUUGAUGUAAAAGCUCCGCUCCAGAUUUCAUUGGUGAACAUCAGUGAUGGACAAAUGGCUAAACAAGACGAGCCGAAGGAGUCAAGGGAUGUGACAAAACCUUGUUCAGAGAACAUCACGAACGAUCCGAAACCACCGACUACAGUCACUCCUACUACUACUAGUCAUACUACUACUACUCCUACUACUACUACUAAUACUACUACUACUAAUACUCCUACUCCUACUACUACUACUACUACUCCUACUCCUAAUACUCCUACUACUACUACUACUACUCCUACUCCUACUCCUACUCCUACUACUCCUACUACUUCUACUACUUCUACUACUUCUACUACUCCUACUACUCCUACUACUACUAAUCCUGAGACUACAACAAAGCCAUCAGAGCCCACGAAGCAAGAAUCGCUUUUGAAGAAGCAAUACCCUUUUGUUUUGCCAAAUGGAAAGAGUUUUCAGGGCAGGAGAAAUCUCGUCUCCCAUGAUGUUAUGAUGUCCUCGCCGUACAGCGAGAAGAUCUGGAACCUCGUGCAGUCCUGUGGCCCUAAAGAGUAUCUUGAAACGUUGGAAAAAAUUGUAGAUCUGCUAUGAUUUAUGUCUAACAACCGCACCAAACCAAAACAUCGACAUCCAAACAACUGAUCUUACACUCGCCUUUACACACAUUUUUUCCAUAUAUGUUUAUAGUUUUAUUUGUUCUGAACAUAUCUGCACGUUGCAUUAAGAACAUAUGCAUUUAUUUUUUUUUAAUGUUUCGCUUGAAUCACUAUUUCAUUAUUGAAAGUUUAAAGCUUUGUUUGUCCUAAGAAUAUCUGCACGUGGUUGAUAACGGAAUAUAUGUGCUUUCUGUAAAUGAAUUUAUAACUCUGUGAAAUAAAUUUAAGUCCACACCAAA